CCCUCCGCCGUGCGGCCCUGUUGUGGCGGCGCUGUGGUUCCGCUGCGCGGGGCUGCGCUGCAGCCUCGUCCCGGCCGCUGUCGGGCGCUGCUGCUGUCACAGCUUCUCCCUGGGCCGGGCGCUUCUCUCCGCCUCAGCUGAGCGGGGCCGCCGGUGUCCUCUUGGAGGAAUAUGAUGUUGCUGCUCCACUGACUUGCUAGAAAUAUUGGCUUAUCCGUGCCUCUGCCUGUGGUGCCUGACCUUUCUCAAUGUAAUCCAGCAGAGGAAGAAAAGUAGCCAAGCUGCAGAGAAUUUUCAGCAAGCAAAGCAGGAUGGAUGGGAAGAAGUGGUACCAAGUCACAAAUGACGUGGCUUCAGCAGAGUUCAAGCCUCUUUAAAGAGUUCUGUCAUCCAGGAGGCUGAAAAACACUCCAAUAAACAAAAAUGGAAGGAGCCAACAGUCCAAACGUGCGACUUCAGCAAAUCCCACUGGCUACAGCGGUGGUUUCUGUGCAGCCACACACAGACGCCUUUUCUUAUAAGGAGAACUUGAUUGGUGCAUUACUAGCUAUUUUUGGGCAUCUUGUUAUCAGUAUUGCACUCAACCUUCAGAAAUACAGUCAUAUCCGGUUGGCAGGUUCCAAAGAUCCCCGAGCCUAUUUCAAAACCAAGACAUGGUGGUGUGGACUUUUUCUGCUGGUUCUGGGAGAGCUGGGAGUGUUUUCUUCUUAUGCCUUUGCUCCUCUUUCGCUGAUUGUGCCUCUCAGUGCAGUGUCUGUUAUAGCUAGUGCAAUCAUAGGAAUUAUAUUUAUUAAAGAAAAGUGGAAGCCCAAAGAAUUUUUGAGGCGAUAUGUUUUGUCCUUUGUAGGCUGUGGUUUGGCAAUUGUUGGAACAUAUCUGCUGAUUACAUUUGGACCUAAUAGUCAUGAGAAGAUGACAGGAGAAAAUAUCACUAGGCAUUUAGUGAGCUGGCCAUUUCUGUUGUAUAUGCUUGUGGAGAUCAUCAUAUUCUGCCUCCUACUAUAUUUUUACAAGGAGAAAAAUGCAAACUACAUUGUAAUUAUUCUCCUGUUGGUAGCUUUGCUGGGUUCCAUGACUGUUGUGACAGUGAAGGCUGUGGCAGGCAUGAUUGUUGUCUCAAUACAAGGAAACCUCCAACUCAACUACCCAAUAUUUUAUAUCAUGUUGGUGUGCAUGAUUGCUACAGCAGUAUUUCAAGCAACAUUUUUAGCUCAAGCUUCACAGCUCUAUGACUCAUCUCAGAUUGCAAGCAUUGGAUACAUCUUGUCCACAACAGUAGCUAUUACAGCAGGAGCAACUUUCUACCUGGAUUUCACUGGUGAAGAUGUUCUUCAUAUAUGUAUGUUUGCACUUGGAUGCCUCAUAGCAUUUCUAGGUGUAUUCCUGAUCACAAGAAAUAGGAAGAAAUCUGUACCAUUUGAACCUUAUAUAUCAAUGGAUGCUAUGCCAGGCAUGCAAAACAUGCAUGACAAAGGGAUUGCAGUUCAGCCUGACCUCAAAGCUUCCUUUUCCUAUGGUGCCCUAGAGAACAAUGACAACAUGCCAGAAAUUUAUACACCAGCUACGCUGCCAAUAGUGCAGGAGCAACAUGGUUCCAGAGGAGUUUCUGCUCCACCAUACCGGGUGCUAGAGCACAGCAAAAAGGAGUGAAUGACCUUUAAGGAACUGAUUUGACUCAUCAGAAGUAUGACCUUUAUUUAUUUACGUGAUUAAAAUAUAGGCAAGUGUUGAGCUGACUUUGGUAUUGUUAAAGUUUGUCUCAAACUUAACUUUUAAGACUGAUUAUUAAAAUAAACAAUUCUCUGUAGUUAUGAAACUGAAAACAUUCCUCUUAGCAUGAGUAAAUCACAGUCCUCUGUUGAAGGCUGCUAUCUGGAGGGCUUGAAAUACUGAAUACAGUAUCAUGGCUUUAGGAAACUACUGAAAUAGCAGACACAGUGAGAACGCAGAGCUGUGGGAAGAGAAGUAACCGUGCAAUUUUUAGCCCUGCUGGGAGAGGGUUUAUUUCCAAAUCGAGGUUUUCAGGAGUUGUUCACAGUGAGGAGGGAAGGAUUUAAUCUUUUACACAGGGAGACUGAUGGGUUUUUAGAACAGUUGUGAGUCCUCAUGUUUCUAAUGUAACUGCCAUGCUACCUUAACAUGGCAAUAAAAUCUAAUUGUUUUCAAGCACGAAUACUGAAACUUACCAUGUAUUCCUGGGCUUUUCUUGUACAGCCAUUCUUUAGCUUGUGUUGAAUGUAUGCACUGAGCAUGUUAAUCUUUAUCUAGUACCCACUGCUUGAUUACAUGGCAGUUUAGAACAAAGGCUGUUUGACAUUUCUCUGGUUUCACAGAAACAGCUUCAAGUUGAAUUAAAGGGUGCAGGGACAACACUGUAGUCAUAUGACUGGAAGAAUAUUUUAGUUGGUCUUGAUGAGAUUCCAGUUCUUUACCAUUUUUAUUUUCUCUCUGUAGUUGAGAUAGCGUUCCCAACUUUGUUUAAUAGUUUUAAAUGCUUAAAUAUGUCAGUGUUCCUUUGGCAGCAUUAAAAAGUUAAGAUGCUGUAGGUAGGGGUGCUGUUUUGUGCUCCUUUAUUCUAAGAAGCAAAAGAGGUACUGCCCUCAUACUGUGAAUGACCUAGUAGGAAAAAUGAGCAUGCACAGUCCAGCACUCAGUGAGAACUGCCAGAAUAAUGAAGCAUUGUGUACUUAAGAUAUUUAUCUUUCCAGCUUCCAUGAGAUGGCAGUAAACUGAUAUAAAGGGAGGACACAGGGGAGUAAACCAGUUAAGAGUAGGGGAAGAAGCGCAACAUUUACAAGAGUAUGCAAGUGUUUUGAUAGCAUCUUCUCUAAAAGCAAUCAUUUUACUGGGAAACAAAAUUUUAAGUCUAUUUUGUUAUAUCUUGGGCUGUAUGCAUAGGAAGGUGUCUCUGUGACCUUAGAAGACUUAAUUUGAAAUGAAUAGUGAAUGUGUUUUGGGCAUUUUUAAAGGCUGAGGUGACAAUGGCCAUGCCUGGGAUUGCAGCAGCCAUUUACGACUAAACUGCCCCUAAAUAUUUGAAGUAGAGCUGCAUGCCGUGUGCUAAUCUUUUUUGCAGCAUGGAAAGUAACCUGUUCCUGUAAAGCACAUAAUUUAACACACGGAAUAUCAAAGCUUCAGCUGAUCCACAGACAGGUAGUGUGCUGUAAACUGUGGAGCAUAGCUAGAUUUCCAAAUGCACAGCAUCUUGUUUGAAAUCAAACACUGAAAAGACAUGCAAAUAAUCCACCUGACUGCUGUCUCCAGUAUGGAUUGAGCAAAAUAAGUCCUUGACUCCUGGCUUCUUUAUCAAAUGUGAACUGACUUUUGUUGCCUUUACACUGUGCAGCUUCGCAGUGCACCAGCGCACUUAGUAUGUUCUCACUGUAUAUCUUGCAUAUAGCUUUAUGCUGUGGCAUACAGCUGCAGUGUUGACUGAAUGUACAAAGUGUUCAUAUGAUAAUGUGUGUAUAAAUGUGGCUUUACAGUGUUGAACCCUGAGGAUGACUGCUUAAUUUUUUUGUAAGCAGUGUUGCAUUUCUGUUUAAUUCUGUCUUUUUGAUGACAACUCUGGAAAUUUAACAGUAAAAGAUUCUGGUAAAACCUA